AUGUUCAUGUUGCGAUAUCUCCUGAACGCGAUCACCCGUGAGCAGUUCCGAGUCGCGUAUAGAGCUGCACUUGAGGAAGUCCACCAAGCCGACGGUAUAAGCGACGAUACGAAGCAUCACCUCAUCAAAAACGCCAACAAGCUUGCUCAUCUUGCCAUCCGCACUCGUAGUGCCUCGUCGGGUUUCAAGAGAUGGCGUGAUGUGCAGGAGUAUAGAAAUGCUAUGCGAGCGGCUCGGCUGUUGAAGCGGGAUUCGGAGCUGCACAAGGGUCGAGAAGUACUGAGUUAUGAGGAGACGCAGCUGAUCUGCGGACUGACCACCCACUUCCGAGAGCGCGUCGAUGAGCCACUUUACAAACUUUACUACAACGAGGACGAGCCAGACUAUGAACUAUACGACUACGACGAGGAUUACCUUAACGACUCCUUCCUGGCCAUGUUGGCGCGUUUAGACGCAUGUGACGAGGAAAAACGCAAGCAAAUCUCUUAUCUGAAGGGCCACAUGCUCUGUGUCACGGCAGAGGAGAGACGAUCAAUGGAACCAGCACUGAAACACAUGGAGCAAUCGGUGGCAUUAGGAGACCAGUGGAGGGAGUGGAGAAAGAAGUGGAUGGGUACGGAGAUAGAGGGGUCUGGGAGCUCAGUGUUAGAUGUUGAAGCGUCCAGCCUCCUCCAGCUGAUCCAGUGA